AAAACACGUGUUGAGCCAAAAAGCGUGGAGUUCAGAAAAACCACGAGGGAGUUGUGUGGGAUCACUGAAGAAUCGCCAAAGAAAGUCUUCGUCACACUGGAUUAUGCCAUCCUACGCACUCAAUCAGUUUAUUGAUCUGGAUGAUGUCCUGUGCAAGCACCUUUUAAAUCUUGAUCUUCGAGAGCCAAUGCAACCCUCACAUGCAGCUGCUGUUGGAUAUAGGAAGCCUGACAGUCCCUGCACACUUUCCUCCACCAGUUCAGGACUUUCUAUUGACCGCAUUGAGAGCGGACCCGUGAACUCCAGCCACUGGGGCCCCCAGAAAGUAUCGCCUCAAUCAAAGUGGAGCAAGAUGUCCUUUUGGUCCGAGCGCUCUGUUAGCAUGGUGGAGGGUGACACAGGAAGUCUGGGUUGGUCUUCUGCUGAACCCGGCCAUUUGAAGCAGUCUUCAGUCACGUCAGGUGCAGUUUCCCUCUCCGGCUCCACGUCUUCGUUCUCUGCGACCUCAUCGCGCUACAAGACCGAGCUGUGCCGCACGUUCGCCGAAAGAGGCGUGUGCAAAUACGGCGGAAAGUGUCAGUUUGCUCACGGCCCCGAAGAACUCCGAGAUCUCAACCGUCACCCGAAAUACAAGACUGAACCCUGCCGCACUUUCCACUCCAUUGGCUUCUGCCCCUAUGGCAUCCGCUGCCACUUUGUGCACAAUGCCGAAGACGAUCAAGCGCAAUCCCGACCCCAGACCUGCAACCCGACUAUCCAACGGCCUCCCCUCCUCAAACAGAGCUUCAGCUUCGCUGGGUUUCCCACAUCUCCCCAACCUCUAGAAGCCCCCCUAGCGCCUUCCUCAUUCCUGCGUGCAUCUUCUGUUUCGACUCCAACGUCAUCCGUCAUGUCCGAUCUUCUCUCCCUGGCCUUCCCCGAUAUAGACCCCAACACCCUUCUGGACCAGACCCGAGAGUUGCACCCUCAAUUUCUGCCAUCUCCUGAUUCUGGCUACUCUCACUCGGGACUGACGCCCACUUUGUCGCCCACCCGGCUCGCUCCUUCUCAGCCUGAGGUCUGCUUGCGACAGAGUCCCACUGGCGGGGCUUCCCUAGGCCUCCGAAGUCUAUCCCACACCUCUCUCUCAGACCACGAGGGCGGCAGCUGCUCUUCAUCCAGCAGUACGAGCGGCUCUGAAUCCUCCUUAGGACCCGAAGCCAGCGGGCGCAGGCUUCCCAUCUUCAGCCAGCUUUCGGUACCCGAUGACAGCAUCUUCAACGAAGGCAGCAACUCCGGCACAAGCUUCUUCCUGUAGACUGUCGCUCCUCACAAGGACUGAACUGUAUACUGUGGUAUACCUACUGUAUUAUUCGGCCGAUACUUGACAUUUUAGUUAAGUGAAACACGUACUGUUUGAAGGUACUGAAUGUUAAAAGGGUUCUUUAAGUGGGGUUUCAUGUGCUUUUAAGUGGAGCGAUUCACCAGGUUUUAUUUUUUGAUGACUGAAGACAAGUGGGGAAAAUAAUUAACUUGAAAACCUGCAAAGUUCUGGCAUCAACAUGUUGUUUGGUAACAUAUGAAGCUGUUAACUUUUAGGAUGCAUUUAGCAAUCAGCUGUUUACAAAGUUGUUGUACCGAAAUGGCCAAAGAGAGGUUAUGACCAGGUCUUAAAGGUCUUUUUCAAUAUUUGAGAAAAUCAUUGUACUCUUGCUAACUAGAGACCAGGCUUUUUUUUUUUUUUUUUUUUUCUCCACAGUUCGUGUACUACCAUCGUAAACUGACUGUUUCUCGACGUUUUGGAUGUUAGAUUUGAGUUUAUUUGGUUUUGCUAUUCUGCAGUAUCGGUUUGAGUUCUUCCAGCUCCUUUUUAUUUAUUUUUUUUUUUUUUUUUGAGAUAAGCGUUUGGUUCGUUCCCAGACCUACUUGCCUUAAGUUUCCGAGGGUCCGUACGCAGGCCUCUGGAAGUGCACGGUUGGAUCUUAACUUGGAAUGAGUUGCCUGUGUCAUAGUUUUUGGUUGUGUAGCUGCAGUUAUUGUAAGUUUAGGCAAAUCAAUUUAUUACUGUACAAGCCUUUAGUGGCCUUGUGUUUGGUUUAGUCGUUUUUAUAGCUGGUUCUGAUAUGGGUCCCUUUUUGCAUCAUAUUCUCUGAAAUGCCCUUGUUGGCUUUGUUAGAUGAUGGAGAGUUUCAAGUAACUUAAUUUCCUUUUUAUUUAUUUUAUUGUAUUUAUAGAAAACAUGUUUUUUGAUAACGUUUGUUAAUAUAUUGAUUUCCUCUCCCUGCUGCCAUUUCUCAUUUUGUACUGAAAAUAAACCCU